AGGGUCGAUACGCCGCGUCCACGCAGGCGAGGCCAGCGAGCAGAGCAAGCGCCCGUGCUCCUCCCGUCCCCUUCUUCCCCCUCCUCCGCCGGGAGAUAUUUCUCCUCCCCUGUCCGCCUCGCCGUCGCCGUCGCCGUCUCCGCCGCCAUGAACUGCCUCCAGCACCUGCUCAAGGAGCCUCCGAUCUUAGCGGGAUCCAGAUCGAUGAGGCGGCCCUCGCCGCUCAACCUCGCCAUGGUUCGCGGAGGGAGUCGCCGCUCCAACACCGUCAAAACUGCGUCCGGGACAUCCACUUCCAGCGCGGAGAACAGCGCGUUGGAGCCCGGCGCCGACAAGUCCGAUACGUAUAGCACCAACAUGACACAGGCCAUGGGAGCAGUGUUGACGUACAGGCAUGAGCUUGGAAUGAAUUACAAUUUUAUAUGCCCAGACUUGAUUGUAGGCUCCUGCUUACAGAGCCCAAGUGAUGUUGAUAAGCUUCGGGAGAUUGGUGUAAAAACUGUAUUCUGCUUGCAGCAAGAUCCAGACCUUGAAUAUUUUGGAGUUGACAUCGGUGCCAUUCAAGACUAUUGUCUAGAAUGCAAAGACAUUGAGCACUGUCGUGAAGAAGUUAGGGAUUUUGAUGCUUUCGAUUUGCGACUGAGGCUUCCUGCUGUGAUUAGCAAAUUGUACAAGCUUGCCAGCCACAAUGGUGGAGUAACAUAUAUACAUUGUACUGCUGGACUUGGAAGAGCUCCUGCUGUGGCACUGGCAUAUAUGUUCUGGAUUCUUGGUUACAAUCUUAACGAAGGACAUCAACUACUACAGAGUAAAAGGCCUAGCUUUCCGAAGUUGGAAGCCAUCAAAUUGGCAACAGCUGACAUUCUCACGGGCUUGUCAAAAAACUGCAUCACUUUGAAGUGGAAAAAUGGCAGUUGUUCUUCUGUUGAAAUUUCUGGGCUUGACAUUGGGUGGGGACAGAAAAUUCCCCUGGCAUAUGAUGAGGAGAAAAAAGCAUGGUUUCUUGAGAGAGAGUUACCUGAAGGACGGUAUGAGUACAAAUAUGUAGUGGAUGGCAAUUGGGUGUGCAAUGAGCAUGAGAUGAAGACCAAACCCAAUGCGGACGGCCAUGUGAAUAACUACAUCCAAGUUGCCAGGGACGGCACGAGCGAUGAAGAGAAGGCGAUGAGGGAGCGAUUGACUGGGCCAGACCCCGAUCUAACAAAAGAGGAAAGGCUGAUGAUUAAAGAGUACCUGGAACAGUACACUGAGCAAUAAGAGAACGCCUCACACCGGAAGCGCCGGGGGUGCGACCGGCUCGCCAUGGAGCCGGGAACACCUACUGAUGAAAUGAAACUAGACUCUACGCAUCUCCGAAGCGCUGCUGUGCUCGGAUCGACGUGUCGGUAGCAAGCAGCUCUUAACUGGAAAUAGUUUGGCUCUAGUUCUCUUCUAAUUACUAUUAGCAGCAUCCCUCUUUUUCCUCUGCUGUGUAAACACGUGCGUGCUCCAUGAAACGAGCAAUCAGUGAGUGUCCCUGACAGUACCAAUUGUAGCCGUCGUAUAAAAGUAAAAUAAAGGGCUGUGCACGAGACCUUGAAACAAAACGUGUAACAUAUGUAUGUUACUCCUGAAGAAUAAAAUCAUAUGGUAUGCUUGGAUCUGGCCUAAAUGGUUGGCUCCGUUCCAUUUCA